GCGCGGCCUCAGGAGCGGCCCGGCGGGCGCGGCCUGUGCCGGCAGGGCGGCGACAGCGACUGCGACGAGCUCCUCGGCGGGAGGCCUGGCGCUGCGCGGCCGGCCCGGCCCCCGCUGCAGUGGCGACUAUAAACAUCUCAUAAAAGGAGAUGAUAAGAAGACUGUUAUAUGUAUCGAGGGGAACAUUGCAAGUGGAAAAACAACAUGUCUGGAUUAUUUUGCACAGACUACUAAUAUUGAGGCUACUGAGAAAGGAGCAGCAUGUUGUGAGCCAGUGUACUUACUACUGCAAGUAUUUAGGUCACAAUAAUAAACCUGAAACUAAUACAAUGGCGUUCUCAUCUUCUAUUCCUUUGGUCUUGACAGAACCAGUGAAUAAAUGGAGGAAUGUUCGUGGUCAUAAUAUCCUGGGCUUAAUGUACCAAGAUGCAUCCAGAUGGGGGAUAACAUUACAGUCUUACAUACAGCUUACAAUGUUGGAGCAGCAUGUUAGACCAAUGGUUUCCCCGGUAAGAAUGAUGGAGAGGUCAAUUCAUAGUGCAAAAUACAUUUUUGUAGAAAAUUUAUAUCGAAGUGGGAAAAUGCCAGAGGUGGAUUACGUUGUCCUAAGUGAAUGGUUUGACUGGAUCCAGAACAACACUGAUGUUACAGUUGAUUUGAUAGUUUACCUGCAGACUUCUCCUGAAGUUUGUUAUGAGAGAUUAAAGAGAAGAUGUAGAGAAGAGGAAAAAAUCAUUCCUCUGGAAUAUUUAGAAGCUAUUCAUCAGCGCUACGAGGAGUGGCUCAUUAAACAUACCUUAUGUAAAGUUUCCUGCCCAGUGCUAGUUAUUGGAGCUGACCAUGACAUGCAGAAAAUGAUAGAAAAGUGCGAAGAACACCGGGACCAAAUACUAAAUCCAUAUAAUAUGCAACACCAUUUAUAGAAGUCUGUGGUACUUGUAUUUUAAAACAAACAAACAAUGUAUUUAUAAAGUCCUGUUUGGGGGCAAUUUUGAGUAUUUGCAGUACUUCUGAAUAUAAUUGUUUCUACUUUAGCAUUACGCUUUGUAGAAUGUUGUGGACUUCCCACUGUGAAAUGUUCAGAAACAGGUCACAAACAGAAUAUACUCCAAUUCCCUUCCAUGUUUUUAGGUUCUCCAUCUGCUUUUCUGUCGAUGCUGUUCUGUUGAAAUACGUCUCUCUCUCUCCCAUUUUCCACUUACUGCUGUUUCCUAUAAAUAACCUAAGUUAUUUCUUCUUUUUUUCACCAUGACAAAGCUGUUUUUGUAAUUUGAAAAAAGUAGUUCCAUAUAAAAGGUCAUGUUUUAUUAGAAGAAGGAAAUGAGGUGCAUCACAUUAAAGUAGGUUUGGAAAACAGGUCUGGUCAUGUCAAAAUAGGGUGUGUGGGUUUCUUACUUUAAUCCCACAUACACUAUUGAAUUUCAUUGAAUUCAGUUUCUUCUGCUUUACAUGAAAUCACUAUAUAGCUCUGAGGUAGCUGUGUAUUAGCAUAGUCGCACUGAAUUCAGUGGCAAAAGAAUAACAGUUUUUGUGACUAUGACUGGAGAAUGGCUCUGAGGCCUUCUUUUUUUAGGCCAGGUUUUUAAAACGGCUUACUUCUCUAUUUUUCAUGAAAUCACCUUAUUAUGGCUUACGUGAGGACUAGUAAAAAUACAGUGUGCACAGAACUCUGUUGUUCCUUUCAAAUGGUGAUAUAAAUAUUAGAAUUAAUUAAUUUUUAACUGCUUUGGAUUCUUAAAUGAUUGUUUUUUUUUUUCCUUUUUAAUAAAGAAAAAUGCACAUAGUUCUUUCAGA